AAAAGAAGUACCCUUUUGCUCUGGAGUCCCUCCCGUGGGAUUCGGGCAAUCAGGGCGUGCACCUGCAGUACUGAUGAAUGUGCUACUCUAUUUUUGCCAAUAAAUCUUACAUUUGUUUCGUCUUAAACUACUACAGUUCUAUUCUUUCCUUUGGUCAUUUACAUUUUACUGCUCCUUUUCCGUAUUCCAUUCGUUACUACUUUAUUUCGAGUUUUUUCCGCCGGAGUCCAAGUUUCGAAGAAAAUCAAGAUCUCUGUCUCUCCCCUUAUCAUUGCUUUCAAUAACUACUGCAAUCAACCAUUUUCAUUUUGUGUUUUAUCGUGCAUUGUUUUUCUUUUUCUCUAAUCGUAAUAAUAAAUCGACCAAACUUUUUCAUUCCAGGCGUCAGAAAUUUGAUGCCAUGGAGAGCAGGGGUGGCAGUUCGAGCUCAACUGCAAAAUGGCCCCCGGGACGCUUCUGCACCACGCUCAAGUUGCAAAAAGAAGAGCAAAGGGGAAAACUACCGGUCGUGGGCGUUCGGCUACCAGAAGAAAAAAGCAGAAGCUUUUCAUCUUCCACUUCGCAGAAUUUUGUAUUCCCGAGCAGGACCUCGUUUGUACGCAGCGCCUGUGCGGAAGACAGGAAUACCACAAGAAAACAAGAGGAGCAAUGUUUUCUGCAAGAGGUCAAAGAACAACGCGAGUGCGUGCGCGCAAAUGCGUCUUGUCAUGCAGGGAGAACAGGACAAGACAUGGUUUGCCGUUCCCUCGGGAAAAAGCCGCCAGAGAUUUGUUUCUACAACUUGCGCACUCAGGAUUAUCAGAAAUCCCCCGCUGAAAUAAAGAGAAGAAAAGUACCGGCUCGUGAGGACGAUCAUCAUGGAAGAAGUCGCAGCAACUGCCAGCAUCUUCCCGGCGGGGCCGAACAGGACAGUCCGACGCAGUGCGUUACGAAUCGGGACGAAGCAAUGCCAAGGGACUUAGUCGGGUCUGUCAAGAAUGCGAGCGCUUCGCAGAACGACACGAUCUACUUGGAAAGCGGAUGCGCUUGUCAUGAAGAUUUGGAAAGACGACAGGCUGCAACAACAUCGGGCAUGAGUGAAGACGGAGAAAUAGUUAAUAGCGCAGAUAAUUUGCAGCGUCACGACUGUAGCCUCGAAGCGCAUGUGAAUUCAAAACCGGGUGAAGAACACAGUGGGGCGUCAUCCUCUUGCACUACCAUCUCCCAAAAAUUGCGGUUCAGCUGCUGGAAGAGGAGGCGGAACUCGACAAGCGGAGGCCAACCGGUUCUGCAUAGGUUUUUCGUCGAGCGGUCAGAGCAGGCAGUGAAGGCGACGAAGAUGACGAAGCGAGGGGUCGAGACAGUAACGAGCGAUGCUCGGUGCAGAGCCGCGGUUGCAACGGUUCAUGGAAGAGAAACAAGCCGAGAUAGUUAUUCCGACAGAAAGAUAGUCCAGAAACAGAAACUAUUUGCUGCUGAAUGUCAAUGUUGUCCGCAAAAAAAGGCGCGAGGAGAAAAUACGAGAAAGGAAGGCGCUCGGCGUGUACGCUCCAGGAAUAAAGACGACGGCGGACAUCACGAGGCGAAUUCUACUUCUUUAGGCAACUACUAUAGCAGUGUUGUCCGUGUCUCAUCGACGACAUUUGACCGCCACUUAGAAACCGACGAGGCACGGCCAGCAGAAACAAGAAGUCACGUUCGGCGUUGGAGGAUUCCGCCUGUUAGCCGUCGAAAAGAACAAACUACACAUCUAGAGGGCGAUACAGCGCAACCGCAGUCCAGCCGAGAGAAGAACGGAAUAAAGAUAGAGAAGCAAAAGAACAGAAGGAAACCGGGGGCAGUUAUUGCACGGCUAGAGAACAUCAAACGCCACCACAAAGACAUGAACAUGUUCCUUUUCCUCCGUUCCUUCCUGCUCCUCCUCCUAGCCUACUCAAGCGUUAUAUUCGUCGCUGCCUUCGACGUGGUCACGAUCAGCCACCGCGCCCAGGUCGUGAAGAUCGACAUUGCCGCCACCUGCCCCUGCGAGUCGGAGGAACUGCCGUGCUAUGACGCGUCCGCCGCCGAGGGGGAGGUGCAGUGCAAGGCCCCCAUUUUCACCGUGUCGGAGAUUGCCUCGGCCGCUGCGAACGGGCAGGUGCUGCUCCGGUGCGGCACGCUGCUGGACUGCAUCGAGGUGAAACUGGUGUCGGAAAACCAGCAGCAGCAACUGGUGCCGAAACAGCUGUUGGAAAGGUCCCGUUUAUCUCAGUUCCGGUACGAAACGGCGCCGGUGCUGGACUCCUACGGAAUCGAAACCACACAGAAGAACCGCAUUGAGUACUCCCGCUGGACCUACAUCGGCUGCUUUUCCGCCCAGGACGUGACGGCGGACCACCGCGCGAACCCGCCCGCACAGGCCUACGACCCGAACGCGUGCAUCGAGUUUUGCACGGGGCCGGGCGGAAUGAAGUACAACGAGUACUACGAGCAGCAGAAGCAGGUCACCAUCGGCAUCUCCAAGCUCUCGUGCGCCUGCGUCGUCGAGUCCAUGCAGCUCUUCACCGAGGACAAGUUUCACACGAUGUGCACGCAGCCCUGCUUGCCCAGCUUUUCGAACCCACUCUGCGGCGGCGACGGCGACGCGCAGACCGACUACUGGGGGCUGUUCAUGGAGUACGAAUUCCAGUCCUUUGGCUCGUCGGGAGCGUAUGAUGUGUGGCGGUACAUGUGGUACACGGUUGUCGUGAUCAAAGACAGCACCAUCGACGCCAAUGGCCAACUACUGCAGAUUGGCGCACAGCAAGUCGUGCCGGAAAGAUACUACUUGCACUGCGCAAACGAACAGGGAGCGGCGGUAUCUAUACGAUGAAUGAUAUCAACAUCUGAUUGUAGUUUUUUGAGCGACGGAUGGAAAAUAAAAGGCGACUCUUUCAUCAGUGCGACAGAGGAAAAUGUCAUGCUUCUGAUCGUCGCACUUACUACAUCUACUGCGAAAUUCAUCUAUCUCUAUCUUUUCAUGACAAAACUGAUCAGGUGUUCCAGAACCAGAUCCAGAUCAGGAACGUGAUGCUGUACGGGUUGGAAUACGACACCACGGGAUCGCGGCUGGUUGCUCUCGCCCUGCCGAACAACGUCGGGCGCACACCCGUGGUGACGCAGAACACGGAUGACAAAUGGCGGUACCGGCUGACCACGGUCGAAAUCGACGAGACGGAUCGCAUAUGGAUUGCAAAUAUGUCUGGGUCUGGAAGAUUCCGGGAUUUGUGAUGCAUAUUUUGUAUGACCCAUGAUGCUUGUAAUGCAUGAUCUAGCAUCACAGAUUUUUAGAGGGCUUUCUGAUGCCCAUUCUGCAUGAGAAAUGCCCUCUCCGCGUAACACAAACUGGACUCCUGUUGCUGGUCACGCAAUACAGAUUUUCUUGGAAUCCAAAGACAGCAUGACAAGUUGCAAUCUUCCAGACCCAGACAUUUUUGCAUUUCAUAUCGCAUGUAUCCCAAGCUGACGCAGGUCGAGCACGAAUUGAACGACGAAAACUUGCAGUCCUUGCAGUACCUGUAUCGGGCGAACUCGCAGGCGCAAGAUAACCUGGUACAAGAACGCACGUUGUCGUGUGUGAUAGCUUUCUUGUACCCAAAGAAUGCUCAUGGUCUCUUGCUUUUUCGAUGCCUUAUCCGCAGAUGAGGAAAAAAAUUCAAGAUCUACAGCUAUCUGAUAUAAAAACCAAAAAAUCUUCAGGUUUUCACGGGCGUUUCCUGCAUCAUUUCUGGUUACAUUCGGAGCUACGCGAUCACGCAGGUGGACAAGAAUGACAAGCGGAACGAUCGGUUUUUUCUCUUUUCCAUGCAGGAAGACGCGGGCACCGGCGGCUUAGCCAGGGUGAAGCUGAUCCACCAGCAGCCGCUUGGGUUCAAGGCACUACAGCUCUACGGAAACACGAGGUACGGGACGAUUUCCUGUGUGGGGCCGAUGAACGGGGACAUGAUGUAUGUGGUGUUGGGCUAUCUAUGUAUUGUAAAAAUGUCUGGCUCUGGAAGGUUGCAACUUGUAAUGCUAAUUCUGGAUCGUGCAAAAAUCUGUGUUGCAUGAAUGCCAAAAGCUGUCCACUUUUGACCAAGUUGAGAGGAAGUUUCUCAUGCAGGAUAGGCAUGAUACGGAUCUCACAGAAUCUGCCAUGCUAGGUCUCGCAUUCCAGACCUCAUGGCUCAUGCAAAACGUGCAUGACAACGACAAGUCUCAGAAUCUUCCAGACCCAGACACUUUUGCAUUUGAUACUAUCUGUUCGAAGACGAUCGCGAUCCAAACAACAAGCAAACCCGGUGGACCUCCUACUACGACGAGAGCAACAAGGCCACUGGACGGUAACUAAUAUGACGUCUGUUAUCAAUGAUGCGAAAAAAGAAUUCAGUCUUGUGGAAAACUUUGCUUGCAGCAGAUUAUUCAUGCUUUUGUUAUCAUCUAUCACUCACACUAUUUUGUUCCACUUCACCUCCCUGUCAUCUGUUCUCCUUCUGACACAGGUAUUUCGGGCAGCAGAUCAUCAGUGGAUUUCACGUGUACCCUGGUGGUGGCGCCUCGGGGCCCCGGAACAGUACCUUUCUCUCCUACCGAAACUACCCGGAGUCCGUUGCGCGGGACCGGCCGAGGUUGGAGACGGCGUACAGCGUGUUGCAGAUCAACGCCUACAGUGGGUCCACCGACAAAUGGUGCCAAGUGGAAGCGUGCGAGACCGGCGACCUGCACCGCUCCAUCGACCCCGACGUGCCCUACGCAAACCUGUUCAACGCGGAGGCCGGAUUUCCCUUGGUCCUGUCCGCGCCGAAAAUUGAGCACGCGCGGUUCACCAUCGAGGGGCUCUUUCUGCGGAUCGUGUUCAAUAUGGAGACCACGCGCGGGGCCAUUCCGAUCGACACGGACGGGAAUCGGCUCCCGGAUCGACUGGAUCAAACGAAGGACCUAUUACAGCGAAAAAUGCCCCCACCCCGGAAAUUUGCAAAAGUUUCUGAUGCAAAGCUUCCAAAUGAAAGCUUUUUGUCUUGCAUGAAAGGACUACGAGCCUUUCUGAUGCAGAGUCUAGGUGUGCAAGGUAUCUUUUGCAUAACAGAUCUGCCUGCUGUUGGACUCCUUUGCAAUACAAAUUUGAGCUAUUCAGCAUGGCAAAUUUGUGAUGCUGAUAUAUGCAAGACGGCGAAUGUUUCCAUUGGAAAGAUUUGCAAUACAAAUGCUGCCAAGUGCUGGGGAGGAGGCAUUUUUCAUUGUAAUAGCACCGGUCCGGCGGGGCGAAGUUCGACUGCGCGGAGGUGUUGGUGCCCGAGACCAUUGCCUUGAUUGGGACGUAUCCGGAAACCAGCUGUGUGUGGAAGGACGACGUGAGCGAGGGGGGCGGCGAGACGUUGGAAGUUGAGUUCGGGACCAUGGCGGACUUGAAGCUCGGGGACGAAAUCGAACUGCUCGCUGACCGAGUGUUUGCAAAGCCAGAGUGCAGGGUAUGAUAGUAUCCGUGUUUUGUACUACUUACCAUACGUUUUGUUGAUCAUGGGGUCAGGCCGAUGGUUCUUUUCUUUUCGCAUGUUCUUCACCCUGGUGCAACAACAUCUACUGAGAUUGUCAUACUAUCUUCCAUCAAUCGCACGAUAAUAGAUUAACAUGUCUUAUUCCAGCAAAGAAACUUUUUCCCAAAAAGAAUUUCCACACAUCGUCAGACCCCCGGCGAUUUUUCCACGUGCGAGUUUUCCCCGGCCGCGGUCGGCGAGGGUGCCGUCGUGUCCCUUCCCCACCCCUUACUCGCGCCCGUGGUUUCCGUGGUGCCAAAGGACGGCACGUUUUCGAUCGACAGUUGCGGCAGCAUCACGCUGAAAGCCGACGAGACCAAGCGGACGGGCCGCUCCGCGGUGUACCUGUGGGAGCUGGACGACAGUGACGGGGUCCCGUACGUGAGCCUGAACACGGUCUCCUCCGCAAUGAAUCAAACCAGGUACGCCAUCCUGCAUAUCGCAAGAAAAAAGUGUUACAGUUACACAUUGUGUUGCAGGCCAAGCAAGACAGACAAGCUCUGUCAUGCCGGAUAUGCAUAGCGGCCUCGCUUAAUAGGUGUUUUCCCGUAGGAUUUCCGCAUUACAAGUUUUCUCUCUCAUGCAGAGGAAUUUGUGUUGCUGAAUUGACUACAAAUGUGUAACUGUAACACUUUUUUCGUGGGAUACUGCAGCAGCGCAUGGCCGAAACCACGACCGGCACGCUGGAGAUCUGCGUGGAGUGCAUGCCCCAAGGGUUCCGCUACAACAUGAAGGUGUCCGUGACCAGCGAGUGGGGCAUGACGAGCACGUUGGCGUUCGUGAUCGAGAAGGCGGACUACCCCGCGCCGACCAUCCGGACCGGGAGCUGGAGCAGUCCGACGAACCGGUUGACGUCGCAGGCGAUCCGGAUCGACACGGAGAUCCGGCAGAGCGAGUGCGCGGUGGGGGACCAGCAGCUGUCCUGCAACUGGGAGUGCGAGUCGCACAACCCGGACUGGACGCCGAACGGAGUAAGUACCACCAUAUCAAAUGCAAAAAUGUCUGGGUCUGGAAGAGUGCAGGACUUGUCAUGCACAUUUUGCAUGACCCAUGAUAUCUGUGAUGCAUGCCCUAGCAUCACAGAUUUUUUGACGGCUUUCUGAUGCCUAUACUGCAUGAGAGACGCCCUCUCCGCGAAGCAAGAAAUGGACCUCUUUUGCUGAUCAUGCAAUACAGAUUCUGUGUACUUAGAAUCCAGAGACAGCAUCACAAGUUCCAACCUUCCAGACCCAGACACUUUUACAUUUGAUACACCAUGGAGUGCGACAACAGUCUGUUCGAACCGGAGAAACUGCAGUUCCCGGUCUACGGACAGACCCUCGGGUAUGGAAGUGUCAGAAUCGAAAUUGACACAAUCGAAAUGAUUUGUCAUGCAUAAAUUAUUGGAUUCCAGUGCCCCCGGGGGCGAAGCCGGGUCACCAAGGUCCACUAGUCGUCUCAGUUCCGCGCUGAGGUGCCCACGACUAGGAUAGCAUGCGAACUCCCCCAGGAGGCAACCUUCGCGUGUUCUCUCUUCCUCGUUUUCUUCCCAUUGAUCUCGGUUUAACUAACUAAAAUACGUUCGAAAUCGGUACACGAGGAAGGGAGGCCCAUCUUUCAUGAUCGUCGUCUUUUCCUAUUACAGAAACAAGAUCCAUCCCGUAGCGCGGUCCCCUUAGUUUCUGCUCGUUUUCACAGAAGAUCCUUUGACUCAUGAACAGCUGAGGAACUCCAGCACUGUUUCACUUAAGUAGCUAUUCCCCACCCUGCCCAGCGAUUCUCCCCCAUGAAUCACAUUUCUACCCGCCCUUCCGUCGUCCCCCGUGUGCGUCCUCGUCGUUGUGGUUUCGUCUAGCUAAUUUUCCUGGCCGAAUACCUUUACUUAGCACGGCUCCGCCACCACCGGUUCUUUUGCAUGAGGGUGGAAGAGAUUUUCUCAUAGCACGUCCAAAGUCUACCAGUCAAGCAAGUAAGCCCCCCAAUACCGGACCCCGCUUCCCCCCUUAGAUAUGCGUUUCGUGAUGUGUUUGCGGCCUAGCUAAGCAUACCAGUUGUGUCGGAACCGCAUCCCGGUUCCAGGGGUUAGCAUUUGUUCCCUUCGUGGUCGGUUCUGCCACCCGGCAGUUCUUUCCAACCCCUGUCUGUUUCCCCUUUAUAUAUUAGUGGCCCCCGUGUUGUCGUUCGUAAGGUCUGCAACCCAUAAUAGCCGCGCACCAGGGCUAGGUGUUCCCGUUGUUUCUCCGAAUGUGAAGGAUCGCGCACGCUUUCGGGGGGGCAAUUGCGUGCCGCAAGUCAGACACUUUGCAGAGAAACGCCACGGCGCUCGUUUUCGUUAAAUGGAAAAAGGAAAGCGAUAACAGGCCCGGCAGUGGCCGCAGGUCAUGAGCACAGACAGCAACGAAGGGCCUACGCAUUCAGGUCAUGAGCAUGGCGACAGCAGGCACCAAAGAAAUGCGCCACGGGCUGACUAUCGUAAUUAUGCGGACUCGCGCCCCCCUCUCGUCGCCUUUCUUCUGUGCGUUCCUUCGCCCAUUCCAAGAGAUGGCUCGGAGUUUUUUUUUGUCUUUCUUUCCUCUUUUCCCAACCUGUCCAUCCUCUGGGGCGUGCCUGAUUAUGAGAUAGCUACUUAAAAUUUUUUCUACGACGAGAGCGGCCUGGCUUCGUCGUCCUUUUUCCUUUUUUUCGUUGCCCGCUCCAUUGUCUUUUGCAUGGCACACGAAUGCGACACGCAUCGAACGUUGCUCGGUUUUCUUUCAGGUUUCUCUUGGCCUGUCGUCUGGUGCCCUCGGUCUGACUUUAGACAUCUCACCCAAUAGAUUAAGCGAUAGGACAUGCGAAGGAAGUAGAUGAGAUUUUGCAUUUGGCGCAAAGGCUCCCGCCCGCAGGCUCCCACCCGCCUGGCGCCCUCGGUUUCCUGCGCCUCCGGGCGCCUGAGACGGUUGCCCUGCGGUCAUGAUUUUUGCUUCUGCAUUUGAGGAACGACAGCUACGGCCAUGAUCGCUCUCUUUGCAUUGCUUAUCGCUUUCCUUCAAUCUCAAAUAAAAGCGGCGCCUACCCCCCGUCUCCCUCGGUCUUCUUUCGUGCCAAAAUGGUGUUGGUUCCGCCUUGGUGGGGAUCAGCCGAGCUACUUAUCGCGAACCCAAAAAAAUAUCGAAAGUCUGUCUGAAUUUUGUCUGUCCAAACCCAUUGCUAUUUGCAUUGGUUCCAUUUGCAUUCCUCCUCCUCGGCCCCUGGAUCCCUUACCCUGGUUCACCGGUAGUGCCCCCCCCGGGUCUUGGACGUGCCUUCUACUCCUGCGGCGGAUGACUUGUCUCCUAAACGCACCAGGUUUCAGAAUCGUACGCUCCCGCUACAUUAGGUUCCAGUCUUAAAAUUGCCCGGGAACUCACCACCCGGGAUCGGACAUUCAACUUUCACAUUCACAUUCACAUUCACAUUGGAUUCCAGUGCGAACCCAGUUUCUAAGUGGCGCAUGACAAAUUCUGGCGGUGCCUAAAUCCAGUUUGUGCUGCUGUUUGGGCAAAGAAGGCUGAUUCUCUCAUGCUGCUCUAGCAGCUCGAGAUAUGACCCCAGACAGGCUUACAAUCGGCCUCACUUGCCUGCUCUGCAACACACGUAUUUCGCGUCAUGCAUUCGAUGCAUCACAAGUUUUUCGAUUUUGUCAAUUUCGAUCCUGACACUCCCAUAUCGGGAUCCCGCGGUACACGUUCGCCCCGCCGACCUACUCCGCGGACGACAUGGCCGCCGGACUGCAAAAAUUCCACGAGUACCGGUUUCGCAUCGUGUGCGUCGUGGUGCAGUCCGCCACCGACGUCGUCGCCAACACGGAGACGCAGCAGGGCCAGAACUAUCAAAAGGAAAAAUCCCCCCUCCCCAUAUCGAAACGAAGUUUCUGAUGCUGGAUUUCAAUACACAAAUCAGAUUUGUCUUGCAGUAGAGGAAUGCAUGCAUAUGUCAAGCCUCAGUCGAGAGGUUUUGACGUAGGCGCCUCGCAUGGCAAACGUGUAUGCUCUAAGCCAAACAGCAUCACAAACCGCCUGCAAAAUGCGGAGCGCUUUCUGGACUUGCCUUCUUGCAAGACAGACAGGAUUUGAGGUCGCAAAUGCGCAUCGCAAAUUUUGAGACGGAUACGUUUUCGAUAUGGGGAAGGGGGAUUUUUCCUUACGAUAAGAACGCGGCCGAGGUGGUGGUGAUCCGCGUGGAGCGCGCGCCGCUGAAGGUGCUGCUGUUCCCCAGUGGCACGGAGUUCCCGCAGAAGGGGACCACGAUGGCGCUGAACGCGCGGUUCACCAUGGACCCGGACUUGGAGGAGGUCUACCCGUGCCUGCUCGACCCCGGCAGUCUCGCCUGCAGCACGCUGCCCGACUUCGGGUACAGCGGUGACUUCACGUUUCGGUGCUGGAAGGUGACCCCGGCGGUGCAGAACCAGGGGGCGGAGAUCGAGGCGGGGGACACCGUGUGCCCGGGGAACAACUACGUGGUGAAGGAUGUGAACACGGUUUGCGCCGAGGGCAGCGAGAUUCUGGACGCGGUGAUGUGCGAGACCGCGGCCAACGAGUGCGGCCCCUACACGUGGAACCCGGUGAAUCCCGACAACCCGGGGGAGCUGGGCGGGUGCUUCUUCCGCACCAACGAGAACGACGUGCAGUACAACGGGUUCGCGGUCCGCACCAUUGAGGACGGCAUGGCGGACCGGCGCCCGAUCUGCUGGCACCUGCCGACCGCCGAAGUGGUGACCACCACCCCCGCGGGCACGACGGAGGUGACGGCGAGCGGCACGACGAUGAGCCCCUGCUUCACGCUGAACCUGGGCCCCGGGGCGAGCCCGAUAUCAAAUGCAAAAAUGACUGGGUCUGGAAGGAUGCGAAUUUCUGCUGCGCAUUUCACAACACACACAAAUCUCUCAUGCAUAGGCAGCAAAAGGUGCCCACUUCCUGUCGCCAAAAAGGAGGAUUUGUCAUGCGGAUUGCGCAUUGCGGAAGGUUCUCGAAAUCUGUGCUGCUAGGGCAGCCACGACAGACCUUCUGUGUCAUGCAAAAAGAGCAUGACCUUCUUCCAGACCCAGACAUAUUUGCAUUUGAUACCCGAACGGGGUGUACCAAACGCUGACGAACGGGAACAUCGACGACUUAUGCAAAGAAAAAAGUGUUACAGUUACACAUUGCGUUGCAAAACAUGCAAGACAGGCGACCUCUGUCAUGCGCAAAAAGCUUGCGAGUCUCGUUUCGUGUGUGUUUUGCCUUAUGAUCUCUGCAACGCAAGUUUUCUCCGUCAUGCGAGGCAAAUUUGUGAUGCUGAAUUCACUACAAAUGUGUAACUGUGACACUUUUUUCCCGUGAUACGACUGGAAGUUGCGCGACUACACGCAGAGCGACGUGUGCACCCAGAAAGGCGGGGAGAACGUGCCUGGGCUGGAGAUCGGGUACAGCGUGACGAUCAACUAUCCUAUGUAAAAACGUCUCCACCCCAGAGUCGAGUCAAGAUGGGGAAUCGGCUAGACAAAUCCGCAAGUUUUGGCUGUUUUGCAUGAUAAGUUUGAAUUCGUAGCCUAGUACUGUUUGAGGUAGUUCAGCAGUAUCACAGAUCUAGCCUAUCUUGCUGAUUGGAGCACAACAAAUACCAAAACGCGACUAGAUAAUGCUUCUCAUGGGGCUCCGCAUCAGAAACAUUUUCAGCAUGCAGAUUUGCAUAUACAAGUAUGGGGUGGGGACGUUUUUAAAUACGAUAUCAACCAGGUCACGUUCAAGGGGGGCGACCCGGAGGCGAUCCCGCCGGUCCUGCCGGAGUGCUUAUCAAAUGCAAAUAUGUCUGGGUCUGGAAGAUUGGCAGGUUUGCCAUGCUAGCUUGGCAGGACUCAACUCUGUUGUAUUGCGUGGCCGCAAUGAGGUUCUCUUGCCUGUCAUGCAAAAACGCAGUGUCCCAUGCGCAGCAGGCAACUCAGAACCAUGGAAAAACUUGUCAUGCUUGGCAGCGCAUUGCAGUGCGCUCCCUAUUCCCUUCCUUGCAUCACAAGUUCCCAGACCCAGACAUAUUUGCAAUGCAUAGUGCUACUGCUACUACAACGAGGGGCUGCUGCUGGUGGAGACGAACAAGAUGACCUUGUCCAUGGGCGAGGAGUUCUACACCUUCCACGUCACCUAUGCAAGUGCACAACUCCCCCUCUCCCUCAUUUCUAUGGCCUGAGCAGCAAUACAAACAGAAACACAUAGAUUCGUGGAGCCUGAGCAACAUGACAAGUUUAUGCGCCGACUGUCGUACUGUUUGGACUUGUUCCAGAAUUUGUCAUGCAAAAAGUGCUACAAGGCAGCAACUGGAUUUGGGAUUUCGCAUUACAAAUGAGGGAGAGGGGGACUUGUGCAAUGUCAUAUCACCGCGGUCCACGAGGACGGGCGGCGCGGCACGGACACGGUGGACGUGAACAUCGUGGACCGGAUCGUUUUGCAGGUGUUUUUGAAGGAAGUGAAGCUGGACCCGGAUCUGGCUUUGCUACCGCUGACCUCCGUGUAUCAGGAUGUGGUGCUGGAGGGGUCCAUAUCAACUGUAAAAAUGUCUGGGUCUGGAAGAAUUCAUGUUUGUCAUGCUUGUCUGGCAUGACUCUUAAGUCUGUCAUGCACGUUACCCCAGAGCUCCGUUUUUUUGUGAUGCAGAAGCGCAGUUUGUCAUGCAGAAUAGGCAACACCUAGGAACUCAGAAUCUUGUCAUGCUGAGCCAGCAUUUGUAGCCUCGUCAUGAGACGCCACCCAGCAUCACAAGUUUCCAGACCCAGACCACAUUUUUACAUUUGAUAGUCCAUCACCCGGGACCCGAAUUUGGACGGCGCGAUCUACGAGUACCGCUGGGAAAUUUACAAGAAGCAGUCGGGGGGCAAUGUGUACGUGACCGAGUGGAAAAACGAGACGGACACCUUCACCUGGGACGACCAGUCGAUUAUUGAGUGGGACGCGAGCCGCACCAGCCGCAUCACCUUCCAUUUGGAUCCCAACAGCAACGAGCGGCCGCUGUCGACGCAGCUGCAAAAAUCCACCAGCUACAAGAUGAUUUUUCACGUCACCGCGAGAGUGCCAGGCGGGCAGUACCAGGGCACGUACUUCGGCAAGGCGCAGCGCGUCGUGCACACCGCGCCCGGGCCGCCGAUUCGCGGCGGCUUCACCGUGAAACCGCAGGCCUACACGUUCCCCGACGACCUGCUGACGAACGCGGACUUCGGCCGGAUCCCGCACAGCAGCCCGAUCACCUACGAGUUCGACGCGCCGCAGUGGCGCGCGGACAGCACGGGGAGCAACAUGGACGCGGACCUGAGCUACAGUUUCGGGUUCACGCCGGUCCAAAAGGACGGGACCGCGGCGGCCACAAUCUGGCAGGUGGAGGACCAGAGCAGCACGUACUUCGAGGUGAACGCGCACCAGGUGGCGUACGACGGGCAGGACACGCUGAUCGCCAACCUGAAGGUGUGCACGGUGUACAAGGUGUGCGCCACGGGCGAGGUCACCAUGGCCAUGAACUACAACGACCAGGCGACCUACGAGGAGAUCAAGUUUGCGCUGCUCGGCGACGGCCUGUCCGCCGUGGACCCGCAGAAGGUCGUGGCCGCGCAAAUCACGGCGGACGGCAUCCAGGGACGCCUGACCCCGGACCAGUACGAUGAGUUGCAGGGCGACUUCCGCGACAGCGUGAAGAGGUUUGACUUUGGCGGGAUGGACACGGCGGAACUCGGGUCGGCACUGCAAGCCACCAGCUCGGCGACGGGCAGCGUCGCCGGCAUUGAGGACCAAAGCGAGAAAAACGCCCAGAUCUCGGAUUUGCUCGACACCACAGGGUCUGCGAUGGUAAAGAGUGGUAGAUGUGAUCAUAUUUUUUGAAUUUUUUUGGAUUUCUUGCUAGGUAGGCAUCAGCAUCUCGAACACGCAUCCAUGCGCUACAGUUCUUGGGGAAUGUUUCUGAUGUUCAUUUACAGGAUUCCUUCCUAGCGGGGCCGAUCUCCGCGGACGGCGCUCGCGCGCUGAUCGACGUGUUCUCCAACAUUCUCUCGGCAACGGGCGGCCAAGGCGAUGCGAGCGGCGUGAGCCCUAGGCGACAGCUUGGCGUUGUCAAGUUACUCAGUGAGUAUGAAGAUGAAUUUGGCGAUAUCAACGUGAAAAGUGCUCCCCACCACCAAAGUUGCGAAACUUUGUGAUGCGAAGUUUUCAAAUGAAAACUUUUUGUCAUGCAUGAAAGGAGUAUGAAUCUUUCUGAUGCAGAUUCUAGUCGUGUUUCGCAUCGCUUGCAUGACAAGCACCGCUCUUGCUGGGAUCUUUUGCAAUACAAAUUUUUGCUAUUCACGAUCGGAAAUCUGUGAUGCUGAUACAUGCAAGAGGGCGAAUGUUUCAUUUGGAAAGGUUUGCAAUACAAAUGCUUUCAAGUUCGGGGGUGGGGGCAUUUUUCAAUGUAAUAGGCGAGGACUUGCUGGAAACUCUUGAAGAUGCGGUGAGACGGGAGGAGGCAGACGCAAGGCGGCGCCUCGGCUUGCAGAAAGGAAGUUCGUCGUCCGACGAAGAGGACCACAACCUAGAUGAAAAGGAAACGCGGGAUGAAAAGCUGACCUACAGGACCAGCAAGGACUACGACCUGUCGCAAGCCUCAGAGACGGAGAUUCGCGAGCUGCACGCAGAUGUCGCGAACGUGUUAACUCCCACGGAAAUCGCCGAUCUUUUCAGUGGGAGACACCUAACUCCAUCUUCCGGGGGACGACAGCAGCUGCAAGGGGCUCAUACACCGGGAAGUACUAUUCCUGCUGAUCAUGCUACUUCCACAGUCUCCUCGGGUACUAGCAGCAGAACAACUUCUGCGACGAACUGGUACCAGAGCGCCACCGUCGAGCGGGGGCCGAGCGUCGGGAACGCGGGCACCAAGGAGCAGGACUGGCGGAUCGCCGAGAAGUACGGCCGGAGGUACUCGCGGAAAGAGUUCGAGAAGCGCCUGCGCAUUCUGAAACGGCUCGACGAACUGCACUACUACAUCCCGGCCUCGGUCGCCGACGGGGCGGUGUUCGGGCGGCAGGCGUGGGAGAAGUUCCGGCACGCGACGCCCCGGAUCUUAUCAACUGCAAAAAUGUCUGGGUCUGGAACAAAGCAACUUGUGAUGCGCAUUUCACAACACGGAAAAAUCUCUCAUGCAUAUCAGGCAGCAAAAGCUCCCCGCUUUCUGUCACCAAAAUGGGGCAUUUGUCAUGCGGAUUCGGCAUUGCGGAAGCUUCUCGAAACCUGUGAUGCUAGAGCUUGCAUGCCAGACCUUCCCUGUCAUGCAAAAGCAGCAUGACUCUUCCAGACCCAGACAUAUUUGCAAUCCAUAGAUCUCCCCGGGAAGCUACUUGAUCUCCGACACGGCCAUGCGUGCGUUGGAGCGGGCAGAGACCAAGUCGGGAGAAUUUGGGUCCCCUCUGGUAACGCACCGACCGAGGAAACGAGCCGGGUUGAACCACGAGCACCCACCGCCCCGGCAGCUGUUCGUGCAGAAGGGUCUGUCAAGUAGCGGCUGCGACUUUUGCGGCGUGUACCACACCCCGUUUCCGCUGACGGAUGCGGUUACCGGGAAGUACGAGCCGUACGCUGCGUACGGCGAGCGCGACAUGAAAUUUCUGAUGGAAAAGCCGUUGGUGGUGGACGAUUACACCGGGGAGGUUAGGGACUCCGCGUUCACGCUGACGUGGAACCGCACCCAUUCGGUCUACCAGAUCGUGGACGCGCGGCGCAGGAGGAUUGUGGCGCAGACGACAAACACGCUGGCGACGCGGGACGGAAAGCGAGUUCGCCUUCUCAGUGCGGACGAUUUGAUGAGUGCUAGAAGCAGUAGAAAUAGCACGAGUAGAUCUUCGACUUCUUCGCAAGAACAAUCCUCUAGUACUUUUUGGUCCAUCUUCGGCGCAACCAGUUCUACAGAAGACGUGGAAGACGAUCCCACAGCAGUUGCUGCAAGCAGACGAGCGCUUGUCUCCUCCCCGGCGCGCGAAGCGGACAGCACGCUCGGUGGGCCCUUGCUUCUCCGGCACCCAGAGGCACUGGAGUGGGCUCCGGCAUUCGUGAAACUGCGUGCUGUGCCGGCGGUAAUCCACGAAUGUCCGUCGAGUUUCUGCGACGAUGUCGGCCUACUUUGCUUCACGGGAUCCUUUCGUGCCCAGCGGGUCGGCGGCCCGGUCUGGGGAAAGGAGCACAUGCGGUGGCAGUGCUGCGGCGAGAAAAACCCGGAGACGCUGUGCAAUCAACCGCCUUGCUGGUUCGCUCAGAAGUGUCCCCGCCCGAAAGAAGAGGUAAAGAAGGAGUUCGAGAAAAAGCAGCGCACGCAGCUCCGCCAGCUGCGGGCCGAGGUUUUGCAACACCGCAGCCGAACGGCGAGCUCACGCGAGGGCUCGUUGACGGACCUAUUGGCAGGAGCACCUACAAGUCGUAGAAACGCGGAAAACACCAGGGCGAAUAAAGCUGCGUCUUCAGCAUCUUCCACCUCCUCUAGUUCAUCUCCGCUCGAGAACACCAGUAUGUCGCGAAAACUGCAGGCCCGGGACGAGCGGCGGCGUCGGUUGGAGGAAGCGAUUUUCACGCAGGAGUACCAGGCGCAGGAGUACAGCCGCGGCGACCGCGAAACGUGGUUCGACCGGUGGAUGUGCGACGAGGCCAGCAGGAACACGACGGUGGGGCGGAUGUGGAAGAAGUUCAAUUGGACCAUCGACAACGCGCCGAUCUCCUUUGCCGACCGGGCUCGCGCCUACGAACUCUACCACAGCAGUCCGCAGAGGCAACUGCAGAUGGCGGGCGCUUUGAUGCUGGACCAAACGACGAUUGACCAAUACGGCCAGAUCUCUUUCGUCGAAAAGUACGAACUCCCGCUCCUGCGGGACGCGAAGCGCAUGAACCUGCAAGAGCAGAUCGGGUUGCAGACGGCCACGCUGGUCGACGCGAAGAGCGAGAUCGAGUACAAUUCGCUGGACCCGGCUUCGGCCGCGGCCUUCCGAGCGGACGACGCGAGCAAACUGCUCGCGGAGCGGCGGAACCAAAUGGACACGCGGCGGAACAUCUCGCAAGCGAUGACGCGAUUGAGUCUAUCAAAUGCAAAAAUGUCUGGGUCUGGAAGGAUCCAAACUUGUCAUGCUAUCUUUGGACUCUAAAAAAAUCUGUAUUGCAUGACCAGGAAGAGGAGCGCAGAUUGUGCUACGUGGAGAGGGCAUUUGUCAUGCGGAAUAGGCAUCAGGAAAAGAUCUGUGAUGCUAGGCCGUGCAUUACAGACAUCCUGGGUCAUGCAAAACAUGCGUGACAAGUCUCAGAAUCUUCCAGACCCAGACAUAUUUGCAUUUGAUAGAGUCUGUACCGGGACAAGCUUGUCCGCGCCUUAAUCCCCACGCUCGUCGUGAACGCGCGACAGCCGCUGAGUUUCGACACCACCUCGUUCACGAUGGACGUCGGACGGCAGACCAACAUGAGCGCGGUCAGUUCGGCUUUCGUCUUCCCUUCCGAGUUCAUCGUGCCCAACGAUUCCCCGCCCGAGAGGACGGCGACCAACAACGUGACCGCGCUGGCGUAUCAGUUCAUACGCUACAAAAACAACAUUUACUACUGGAGCCCUUCGAACCCGAAGAGCCAGGAGUCGGCGGUGAUCACGCUCCUGAUGUUUUACGCGGACGCCCGGGAGUAUCCGGUGUGCGUUGCCGGCAGUGGGUGCAACGAGGGCAACGAAUUCAUCCGCGUUUUCGCGGACUACCAGGUCUACAGUUCCGGAGUGUGCUUGAUUUGGGACCGAUUCUUCCCCGACACGGCGGGCGGGGCGUGGAAUGGCCGCGACAUUAUAAACGACGGGAACGGGUGCUUGACUCUCACGCUCGGCGACAUCGGGUUCUUCGUGGACGGGCGCCCGUCGCACAUCUACUCUUUAACCGAGGCCAGCAUUUUCCCUUUAAGCCGGCUGGUGUCCCGGACAAAGCUGAGCACGUUCGCGACGCUGAUCAUCCUGCUUUUGUUGAAUUGGAUGCUGGUUUUUUUAGGGUACAAGCAGGACGAGAAGGUGCGCAGCGAGCAACGACAGGGGGUUCGGCCGUACGUCAGUUAUCAUCUCGACGGCGAUGGCAUCCACACGCCGCUCACGUGCGAGGACCCGAUCGCCUACAAAUUCGCGGAGGACAGAAAUCAAUUAUUCGUCAAAACGUUCUGGAACGUGAUGAAGCGCGAGCAUUUGGCGAUUGGCCCGCUGUUUUACCACGAGACUUUCACGCGCCCGCAGCGGCUGCUCUGUACCAUGACGCUGAUCCAGGGGCUGUUGGCGUUGAACGCCGCGGUGUACGGGAAUCCCAACGCGCUGGCGAGUGCGGACCAGUACGUGAUUAGCGGGAUUCUGUCCGCACUGUUGAUGUUCCCCGUCUACUGCGUCUUUUUACUCCUCUUCUCGCAAAGGCCCACCCCGGUGAAGCGACGGAUGAUCAAGCGGCGGGCCAUGAACCGGGAUUUGGACCUGAUCAACGCCGAGAAGGAGAAGUUGAUCGCCCAAUCCAGUAUGCUACCGGCGUCCGCUCUGACGCAGCUGUCCGGCGGUCGGGGCCAGGCGUUGCCGAUCGGAAAUCUCGCGGCGCACAACGAGAACAUGUCACUUUUAGCGCUACCGCCCCCGAUCGCGUCGCCCAGCGUGGUCGGGCGGUCGGGACAACUGGCGCUGCCCGGUCCGGGCCCCGGGGGAAACCCGCCGGCGCCCAAGUACCCGCCACCCCCGGGGUACGCAAAGGCGUUGCCGCCGCCCCAGGAGUUGCUGCCGCCCAUCUACUUCAACAAGGCAGGCAUGCCGCAACUCCCCGCGCUCCCCUCGUUUGAGCCGCAGGCGAAGGCCGCGACGCCCCCGGCACCGCCGGGCGUGGGAGGCGGAGGUGGCACACCGCUGGGCGGAAUGCGGGCGAUCUCGCCGCGGCAGGCCAAGCCGCCCCCGCCGGCGCUGUUGCCGCCCGGUGCCGGUAGUCCAGCGGUUCCCCCCGGGCCGCCGCCCGCGGCGGAAGGGGCGCACAACGCUCCAGAGGACUUCUCCGCAGACGAGUCUUCGUUCAGCAGCGACAGUGAAGAGAACGGCGAGAACUAUCGCAAUCCAGAGGGAGCGGUGCCUUAUCUCUUCUCGGAGGACGAGAUUUCGAAUUUCUCCGGUAGUGAAGAGCGAGGGAAUUCAUUCUCCUCAACGACUGGGAGAAUAAGGCGUGGUGAGUCCUCAGCGCACAGCGAAGCUGCGUCUGUGAUCGAUCGGGAAGAUGCGGAGGAGAGAAGUUCCUCUUCAUCCAGGAGCCGGCGUCGGCAUUUUCAGGAAGGGCAACACGAAAUGGCGCCGCCACCACCCCCGCCACCUGGUGGUACAUUCAUCUUUUGCGUUUGAUUUAUUUCCCUUUCGGAGAUUUCUGAAAUUCUGAUUACCGCCGAAAAGUGCACCAGUUUCCGCACGAAACUAUGUUGAAACCCAUUCGAAAAUAACCUAUCAGGUCCACCGGGUGCGCAGCGCCCGCCGCCACCUCCGCGCCCGCCAAAUUUGAACCUGUCGGGUAAUAUGCCAGCGAUGCCAACGUACGGAUCCUCCUUCGAGCCCAAAACGCCGUCGAUGCCCCCACCAUCCGCCCGGGGAUUCUUACCGGCAACUCCAAAAGGCCUGCCGCCCAUUAUCCCGUUCGGUACGAUGCGGCCGGACACGCUGAUUCAGCGCGGGCAGCCACCCGCCUUCCACCCCGCGCCCUUCAGAAUGCCGCCGCCACCAGGCAUGGGCGGCAUGGGUCGACCGCCUCCGCCGGCCGGACCGGGGGCUUUGACCGGAUAUGAGUUGGCGCUUCCUGGUCCGCCUGGAGCGCCGCCGGGUUCAGGUAAGAUAAAGAUUUGUUGUUUCGAUUUCGCAUGCCUGAAAGUACGGUACAAUGCCGAAAAAAUGCUCGCGCAGCUGAAGAUUAUGUAGAAGAUGAUGAGAUCAGCGAAAAGAAACGCGCCACACUACGUACAAAAUGACUCUAGGAUUUCCACCAGGAGCACCCCCACCUGGUGCUGGAGCUGCUCCAAGCGUGACCGGUGUGCCCCUUCCGCCGCCGCCACCCCGGGAGGACGAUUCCGCGUUCGUCCGGAGGGUACGGCUGAUCUACAUGGACCGGGUCAUGCGCGAGCACCAGAAGCAGGAGCUCCUGGAAUUGGACGCGGUGGGCAGGCCCAUACCAAAUUGGGUGUUCCAGCUUUCCACCAUAAUGCCCUACAUGACCUCCGCAGUCUUCGUCCUCGGCUGCAUCUGCGUCAUCAUGAUUUACGCCAUCAAGUUCGAUUCGUGGCAGGAGGAGCACUGGUACUUACAGCUAUUUUCAAAAAGAUAAAGAACAUACCGCGAGCGAUUUUCGUUGUGUCAUGCUCAUGUGGAUGUGCGCCAGACCAUCGUUGAUAGAAAUCUACUUCACGACUACAAUCUUGUGAAGUCCGUACCGGCCUUCUUUUCAGAGAAUCUUUGAUGAAACGACACGACUAUCAAAAGGUAUUACGCGUGCAUCAUUGGGUUUUUCAUGGUGGUGUUUCUCCUCGACGUGAUUCGCGCGGCCGUAAUUACUGUGGUGGAACUCCGCAAGUUCGAGAUUCGUAAGCGGUCAAAAGCAGGGGAGUUUGUCGUGCGCAGGGUGCAGAAGCAGGACGACCACGACAGUUUACCCGGUAUCUUGAAGCCGAAACCAAAGCACAAGGCAUCCGCAACGCCGGCGGCCCCGAAAGUGGCACCAAAAUUCGCCAAUAUGGAACGACCACGAUUUUUACCAGAGCCACCAGGAGGGGCGCCCAUGAUGGGAGGGACUUAUGGUAAAAGCGAUGAAUAUGUACGGUCUCGUUCAUCUGCUCGGGUUGCCUGUUGCUUCAAGUUGGAUGCAGCUCUAGUCUACUUAAGUGAGGAACAAUGAUCGUUGCGCUCGCAUGCAAUUGUAACUUGAAAAAAUUAAGAAACCGUACCAUUUUACAACAGAUUCUUCUUUUCGCACGACCGGUGGUGGGUCCCCGCCUCCCCCUCCGAUAAUGCCGCCUCCUGGGAUAAGCGAGUGUCAACAUGUGGGAAAGCGUAAAACGUGAAGAGACUUGAAUCUCAAAGAAGUUUUGUGUUCUUGCAUGUGAUCUGAUCUGCAGACUAAGUAAUACAAGCGUUGGCAGGUUUAUUUGCACCAACCAGUUGCAUUUUUUGUGAGGAAGAAACAGUGCGAGUAAGUAGAAAUUUCACACUACUUAGCGAUUUUCCAGUUCUUGGCGCUUCCAUACGGGAACCGCACACCGCCGCCACCGGGUGCACGGACGCCGCCGCCCGGAACUCCCGGGCGCAGAACGCCACCGGGCGGCCGGGGGCCCAAUGUGCCGUUCGGGCAAGCCUCUCCGAUGACACGCAAGCAGGCCGGAGACGUCUCCCCCGCGGGCUCCAACUUCAGCCAGACGCUCCAGGAGCGAAGGGCCAUGGGACACAGCACGACCAACGCAUCGCAAACUGCUCCGGGGGGUGGAUUCCCCAAGUAAAAGUCCUCAGAUAGAUUGAGAUCGAGUUCUUAACUGUUCGUCAUCUAGUCAGCUAGGUAAAGUUCAUCGUGUUUUUCUUUCGUCUAUUCGUAUUCAUGCAUUCGCAUUUUAAGUGCAACAUCAACAUCAACACAUCUCAGACCGCCACCGGUUCCGUCUAGUUCGACGAGCCCGAGGUCGACAACCCCGCCCGCCUUCCCCCGUGGGUCUCCGGUUCCAGGCGGGUCCGCUGUCAACCGAUCUGGCUCCAGAACGCCACCGCGAACACCACCUAAAUAGGUUGUGGUAAAUCUCAGAUGAAGAAAAAAAUGCAAAAAAUGUUCAAGUGAAACUUCAGCGGAGUACCUUUCAACGUUUGAGUUUCAGGUUCAGCUUUUCAAUCACUGUGCUUGUCAAAGGAAUACGGUCGUCGAGGCCCAGAGGCAAAAAAGCCACGACGAGAUUCUGUCCCAUCGAAAAUAAAUGGCUUCAGUUUUAAUACAAAGUUUCACCGUGGUACAGUAUCUUCCAAUCAAUUUGCAAAUCAAUUUUAGAAACGUCUGCAAAAGAUGGAGUUCUUAUGAUUCAGUUGACAUUAGCGUGGUCUAAAGCGUAAAACAAGCUGUCUCACUUUUGGAUUUUUCUUUGUCAUAUGCAAUUCGACUUCUAGGAAAUAGAAGAAGAAAGCCUGGUAGUCGUGGUGGCUGUAACUUUGCCACGAAGCAGAGCAGUCCAUCCUCAACCUCAAUUUAUGAUUGAACCAAAACUAUUUCUCAGAUGGAAGUCUUAAUCUCAUACACGAAUAAGUUGACAAGUGGCGUAGAAGGUAUUCAUUGAUUUAGUGUCUUUACUUUUUACCGCUAUUAACUCCGCUAGAAAGAAACUGAAACUUCGUGGAGGCAAACUCUAGUUUCAGAAGAAGCAUUGCAUGAAUUUUACUCACAGCAGAAGCUCGAUGAUGCGCGAACAUCCUCUGCAGCCUGCUAGAGCAACGAUAUCUACGUGAUGUGCUAUUAUCCCGAAAAGAACGAAAAGCAUCAAGCCUGCAAAACGAAUAGAAACGUCGCUUUUAGAUGUGUAGUAAGUAACUGAAGAU